GUGGUAGCAGCCAGCAGCGCAGUAUUAGUGAACGCGGCUAGGUCGGACCGUACCACUACCAUCUCACUGCGGAACGGGGGGUGCUGUGAGUGACUGAUGAGACGCCAGGCAGUGCGGCCCUGCGUUCUCGUUGUCCCGAGGCGCCGGUGAUGCCCCCCGCGCUCGGUGCGAGUGGUAGGUGCCGCGGCGCAGUGCUCCCAGGCCCCUCCCCCCGUCCCUCUCAGUUUGUGUGUUCCCCGGGGCCCGACUCUCGGCCGCUGGUGGCGCCAUUCGCCGCCGCUGCUUCCCGGUCUACCACAUGGCCCUGUGCGGGGACGUCGGCGCCUCGUCCCUCCCGAGCGAGCUGAUCGUGCACAUAUUCUCCUUUCUUCCGGCCCCGGACCGGCUGCGGGCCUCGGCCGCCUGCUCGCACUGGCGGGAGUGCCUCUUCUACCCGGCGCUGUGGCCGGAGCUGCGGCUGAGCCUGCGGGUGUCCCUGGCCGAGCGGCCGCGCCUGGAAUUCCUCAUGCGGAAAUGCGGCUGCUUCGUACGGGAGCUGCGGGUGGAGUUUGCGGCUGAGAAUUACAUGUCCAGCUCGACAGAGCUCGGCGCGGCCUCCCCGUCCUGCUCAGCGCCGGGCCCGCAGGCAGGCAGCGACGGGGACGCGCAAUCCUCGGCACGGUGGUUGGAGGUGCUGAAGACCUACCUGGAGCUGGUGCUGUGUGUCCUGAGCAGCAUCCGGAACAACCGGAAUCUUCAGAAGCUAAGCCUUUUUGGCGACAUCAGUAUUUUGCAACAGAAUGGCACCAUAACAAGCGCUUACCUAAAUAAAGUGGAUCCAGGUGGCAAAAAGAUCCACCAGAUCCAGCAGCUCUUUGAGGAGAUCCUGGGAAACAGCAGGCAGAUGAAAUGGCUCUCCUGUGGAUUUAUGCUUGAGAUCGUAACUCCAACAUCUUUGGCAUCUUUGUCUAAUCCAGUUGCCAACACCAUAGAACAUCUGAGCUUACUGGAUAAUCACACUCCUGCCAAUACCACCUUGAUAACCGCCAUUGAAUUAGAGCGGUUUGUCAAUCUGCGCUCGCUGGCUCUGGACUUCUGUGACUUCACUGCAGAAAUGACGAGAGUAUUGGCUAACAACAAUCACGUGCCUUUGCAUAGACUGUCUCUCCUGGUCCAUAACACUUCCCUUAAGAGCAAAACCCUGGACAAGAUGCCAGAUGACAAGGACUGGAAGGCCCUAACCCGGAACAGUGCCAACCUUCGGGUCUACAUGAUGGCAUUUGAUGUCAAGAGUGAUGACAUGUUACGAAUUCUCAAACCAAGCAUACCACUUGAGCGGAUUCACUUUGACAGCUAUAUCACGUGUGUGUCUGGGGCGGUUGUUGACCUCAUAUCCAGGCAAUACGACACAUUCCUGACACAUUUCAUCCUAAUGAAUGAUGUGAAUGACAUGUCUAGAUUUCCAGAUCUCAGUGACAAUAGGAAUGAAGACCCAUUGGUUCUCCUGGCCUGGAGGUGCAUGAGGCUUUCCCUGCUAGCUAUUCAUGGUUACACCGUCUGGGCCCACAAUCUCAUAGCAAUUGCUCGUCUUCGCGGGCCGGACCUGAAAGUGCUGGAGGUCACAGAAGAGAGCAUAGACUUUGACCAAAGCGAGCUGGCUGAUCAAGAUGUGGACCCGGUCCACAACCUCAUAGAGCAGGUUUCCAACGGCUUGCUCCGGCCUUGGCGUGCUGUGAUGGACAUCGAGCUUCUCAGUGUAUUCACAGAGCCGGCUUGCCAUUUUUACAGAGAGAUGCAAAACUUCAGCGAAGGCAUUUAGCUUUUUAAUCCUGUAGAGGUUUCCUGUGGUUACAUAUGCAAAUAGGGUCCUAUAAUGUUUUCUCAGUAGUGAGUUAACCCUUUUGUGCUGUGUUUAAUCAGUAUUAGCUAUAUAAAAUUGUAUGUGUGUAUCUACUUCUUGAUCAGAAAAAGGAAAGUCGGGUAUUGGUUUAGAAAGCUGAAGGUGACGUCAUUUAGGACUUUCACGGUUAAAAGUGCCUCUCCAUGGCAUUCAAGCACGGCGAUUCAUGGUCAACCAAUAGAGAAUGUCCCUUCUCUAAUCAGAAGAAGCUUUGACUACCUGCACCGGAAACAAAAAUGAUGAACAAAGAGUACUUACUGGCUUUAGGAACCUACUGUGUGUCUUGUAUAAGUUGUAAUGCCUUGCAGACCGACUUCUUUUCUUUUUCUAUAUUUUUUUUUUCCUUUUCUUUUUAACCCUCUAGAGAUAAAGUUGGCCUUUGCGUCAUUUAGAUGAACUGCGUUAAUGGUUAAUAUGAACUGGUGACUUAGCAAAGAUGUUUACGGGAACGUACAAAGUUUUCCUCAGGUUGCUAGAUAGCUUUGGUAUUUUGUGCAUUUAGGUUUCUUUUUAAUUUUUUUUUAUUUUAAUGAAGUAUUUGCAUUCUGUGUCAGCUUCCCCCUGCGGUAUGCAUCGAGAGUGACGUGCGUCGGAUCAAUUUCAUUUAUUUUUCCAAUCUUUGUGUGGCAGUGGGUAUGUAAUGCACAGUCUUGCAUUCUAGAAUCUAUAGACUCUCUCUGCUUACUUAGUAAAGAAAAUGUAAACCUAUCUAUGAAGCAAAUGUAUAACUGAAAAAAAUAAUUGAGUAGUUAAAUUCUUUGUAAUAGUCACUUUUUAUUUUCUAGUGAGAAAAACGUUAAGUUCUACUUUUUGUGGCAGUUCAAAACAUUUCACUUAUUUGUGUUUUUUUUUUUUUUUUUCUCGUAAUAUCGAAAGCGUUUAAGGGAGCUAAUCAUGUAGAACGUGUAUCUAUACACGUUUUAGCGAGCUUUUAUUCGUAAGAUCCCUGACCACGAGUCACUGGAUUUUCUCUGUCAGCGCCUGUUUCAGCUGCCAAAGAAUAGAUAAAAACCUAAAGAAGUGCCCACAUGCUGGCGGAAGGUACGGCCGCUACCAGGCCGGCCAAGAAACUGCUAGAUUGUAAUAUAAACGGUCGGGUUUCGACCUGCGGUACGCAGCUGUGCUGUGGUUCAGUGUACAACUCCUCAGACUUCUCGACAAAUAACACACACCUGUUUCACUGUGACUAGCGAAUGUAAAGUGGUAAGAAAAGAUAUCGCUGGUAUAAGCUGCUAUAAUGCAUGAAAAACAUUCCAUGAAGUUUGUUUUAAUAUCUCGUUAUAUCCGAGAGGCUUUAAAAGCCGAUUUAACUGUUUCAGGGCAACCGCGGUACGGACGUGGUCUCUGUGAGACUUCCAUCUGACCCCAGUUUUAAGUGGUACGAAUGUUGUGCAUUUAAUGAUUUAAAAAAAAAAAUAUGGACAGUCUGCAAUAAAAUAUAUUAAAACAAAAACAAAGUGUACAGUUGGCCAAUGAGGGUGCCCAGCAGUGCUGAGACCUUGCUGCUUUCUUGUGUAAGCUUUGGAAAUCCAUUUAUGUAACAGAUGUCCGGAUACGAUUCUAUUUAUGGAAAAAAAAAUAGUUUAUAUGUGUUUUACAAAUGGUUUUACCAUCUUAUAUUUAAAACAAAAAAAAAAUACUUUGACAGGUGUGCACUGUCUUGUUUCCAGUGAGCACAUACCAUACAGAAGAUUUUAUAUGUACAUCAGUAUAGAGGGUCCACUGGCACAGUGUGUGGGGGAAAAUAUGCCAGGUGUGGGGAUAUUUUAUCUUAUAAAUGUGAUCAGAGUAAAACAGGGGGAUAAAUUUGGGAACUCCUGACAGAAAAUGAAGAAACCAGCAGAGUGUUAGAAAUGACUGAUGAUGUUGUUUGGUUUAUGUUAAAUGUAUAUUCUUUUAAUCAAUUAAUAAAGCAUAUAAAACAG